GCGUGCUAGGGAAGCCGCGGCGAAAUCAAAGCAAACGUCGGUUCUGCACGGGUAAACAAAACCUGCUCGAUGGAGCAAACAACAAACGGCCGAGAUGCAUCCCCAUUAGAGAUUCCGUUUUGUGAACAUUACAAACCUCUGAUUGUCGAGGAAAUUGUGCUUGCCGAUCAUCCUGCUCACCUUCAUUAUGGGAAAUGCUCGGUCAUUGGAACGCUUUCCUGUACCAACAACGUGCUUGGGUCGUUGAGCCUGCCUGACCUGCCGGGUGCGAUGCAGCUUCCUGACGGUGCCUGUGGUGUUGAACUUUGUCUGGACAAUUACAGUGGAAUCGUACCGCGAGGGAGUCAGGUCGAAGUGACCGGCAUUCUUAAACUACGCGAUAGAACGACGGAAAUUACAACGGAUGCAGGUACGUUGCGGAACAUGUUGGAAGCGGCAGAUGGCAUCGUCUUUAAACAGCAGUAUGAAGAUAUGAAAGCAAACUGUAAGCCAUACAUUGAGGUAGAUUAUAUACGCACCAUAUCGAAUGCAAGGGAACUCAUUUCAUGCAAUCUCAAGUUUAGAAAGCUUAUCUUGUUAACCAAAAUAGAAAUGUAGUAGCAAUCAAAUAAUGGCAUCAUGUAUCGGUACACUUAAAUUGUUUGAGACGGAUAAUAUUCUUGAGGAACAUUCCGCAUGGAACAUUUUCAUCUUAUUACACCACCAAACGUGUAAUUAUAUAAAAUAUAGAUCAAAUUGCACGUGAAAUGUUGUUUUCGGAUGAUACCUUACAAAACACACAUCAAAACAUAGACCAUUAAAUACCAAAAGAAAGGAUAUUCUAUUUCCCGUCCCUUAACUCUUACGUUCACAAAUAUAAAUAUUAUAAAUAUUAUAGUUCAUAAGCUAUUAAUGUUGCAUUGAUCGUAUUUGUUCUUCAUUCCUGGAGACAUAAAAAAAAUAAUCACCUUGAGCAUAUCGUGAAAUAAAUUGUUCACAACCGUUAA